GUAUUAAUGUUCAUCCCCACCACCCACCGAAAGCUAAUUAUUAACCAAAAUGCUUAAUUCUCUCCUAUGGCCUCAUGCAAAUACUUGCCUUUGUUUCUACGCAGCUGUUGUUCUCUGUGUCUUGGUUUUUUUAAUCGGCCAACUUGUGAAGAUGCUGUUGUCUCCUUAUCAGGAAUCCAUGCCUCAAAUUCCUCCUGGUAGUCAAGGACUACCAUUGAUUGGAGAGACCCUACAGUUCAUGGCCGCCAUUAAUAGUGCCAAAGGUUUCUAUGACUUUGUCAGAAUUCGCAGUCUAAGGUAUGGAAAUUGCUUCAAGACCAGCAUAUUUGGGCAGACCCAUGUUUUUGUUUCGAGUACAGAGUCGGCUAAGGCAAUCUUAAACAAUGAUUCGGGUAAAUUUACCAAGAGAUACAUCAAAUCAAUUGCAGAGCUUGUUGGGGAUCAAAGCCUACUGUGUGCUUCUCACCAACACCACAAACUCAUACGUAGCAGAUUGAUAAAUCUGUUCUCCACCACUUCUCUUUCAUUGUUCAUCCAACAAUUUGAUAAACUACUUGUGAAGAGUCUUCACACCUGGGAAAAUGAGGGCACUAUCAUUGUACUUGACCAAGCACUUAAGAUAACCUUCAAAGCCAUGUGCAAGAUGUUGAUGAGCAUAGAGGAUGGGCAAGAACUAGUAAUUUUGCAACAGGACAUAGCCCACGUUUGUGAAGCGAUGUUGGCAUUUCCUCUGAGGUUUCCCUGGACUAGAUUCUACAAAGGGCUCAAGGCCAGGAAAAGAAUCAUGAGCACGUUAGAGAAGAUAAUGGCUGAAAGAAGACGAUGCUCACUACCCAAUAAUCAACAAGAUUUUCUGCAACAUCUUAUGAUAGGCAAUGAUGAUAAAUCAUGUUCUGAACAAGUCUCGAGGCUGACAGAUUCAGAGAUCAAGGAUAAUAUAUUAACCAUGAUAAUUGCAGGUCAAGAUACAACAGCAAGUGCUAUCACAUGGAUGGUCAAGUUCCUUGGUGAAAACCAGAAUGUUUUAGACAGACUUUACGCUGAGCAAUUUCACAUUGCGGACAAAACUUCAAAGAGGCCAUUUGUUACUCUGGAAGAUCUUAAUGAGAUGCCUUACGCUUCAAAGGUAGUCAAAGAAUCCUUAAGGUUGGCAUCUAUAGUACCCUGGUUUCCAAGAUUAUCACUUGAUGAAUGUGAGAUUGAAGGAUUUAAGAUAAUGAAAGGGUGGAACAUUAACAUUGAUGCUAAAUCAAUACACCUUGAUCCUAUUCUAUACGAAGAACCCAAUACUUUCAAUCCUUCAAGAUUUGAUGAUGAUUCUAAGCCAUAUAGUUUCGUAGCAUUUGGAAUGGGAGGAAGGACAUGCCUAGGAAUGAACAUGGCUAGAGCCAUGAUGCUAGUUUUCCUCCACCGUCUUGUCACCACAUACAAGUGGAAGGUGAUAGAUUCAGACUCGAGUAUUGAAAAAUGGGCUCUUUUCUCCAGAUUAAGAACUGGUUGUCCAAUACAUGUAUCACGUAUUAAUACAAAUUAAGGAUGUCACUAAUAAUAAGUAUUAUUAAGAACA